AUGGCGACUCCAGCCAAAAGAACGGUAGAAUUCUUCUAUGAUGUAAUUUCUCCGUAUUCUUGGAUAGCAUUCGAACAAAUAUGUAAAUAUCGUGGAAGAUGGGGUAUUGACCUCAAGUUCAAACCAUUUCUGUUAGGAGGUGUCUUCAAAGCAUCAGGAAAUGAUACACCCUCUACAAAUUCCCAAAAAUUGAAAUAUAUAGUGCUUGAUAUGAAUCGGUUGGCAAAAUUUUAUAAGGUACCAUUUCAGAAUCCCCCAAAUAUGAUGGAAAUGAUCAUGAAAGGAACGCUGUCAGCUCAAAGAUUCAUAGUGGCAGCUAGCAUGGAUUUACAUGAUAAAGCAACUGAAAAUAUCAGUAGACAACUGUGGAUGCGCUUAUGGUCUAAGAAUCAAGAUGCUACCACUCCAGAAAGCUUAUUUGAAGCAGCCAGACUUGCAGGGGUGGAUGAGAACCAGGCAAAGAAACUUCUCACUAGAAUGAAAGACAGUGAUGUAAAAGAUGGGCUGAAACAAAACACAGAGCGUGCUCUAAAGAAUGGGGCCUUUGGUUCCCCUACUAUUCUAGUUCACAUAGAUGGCAAAUCACACAUGUUCUUUGGAUCCGAUAGAUUUCAUAUAAUUGCACAUAUCAUGGGUGUCAAAUAUGAAGGUCCAUUGUGA